UUCCCCUGUCAGUACAGUCAAAGAACGGUAGAAAACGAAGCCUCUCAAAUCCCACCUUAAUCUCAUCUUAUCCUCAAACCACCACCAUCUCUCAUCGUUUUUCCCCGGAAUACAUCAGCCGCCAUGGACGAAGUGGAGCUGAAAUGGGACCAAAUUUAAGCUGAACGGCCGUAGCGCCGCGGGUGCAGAAGUAGUAGAAUGCAGUGCUAAUUUAGAGAGAAAGAGCAGACAUUUUGGUUAGCUCGUUCAUUUUAAGUGCUUAAAUUUACCAAUUGUGUGUGUAUUGGGAUAUGGCUAUGCUGCUGCCAGUUCGUUAUGUGAUGCGAUCGCAUGGUUUAAGCUCCGAGGCUUCUGAAUCAUCUAAAUUGUUCACAUGCAGUUGUAAAAGAGAUCAGAUUUUCAAUAAAUUGGCUUCGAAUCCUAAAAUUGAAUGCGUGAAACGUAUUGAAAGGAUUCAUUGUGAUCGUUCAAAACUCAAGGCAUUGGCCACUUCAGAUGUUUAUGUUGCAAAAGCCUCGGAAAAAUUAGCAGCAUAUCGGUUUAGGACUGAGUUUGGUGGUCGAUUGAAGGUAGUAGUGGAAAAGAUGUAUAGUAACAAGUAUGGAGUUCAUGUUGAAUUGGAGUCACUGCAGCUUCUUGAGGGGGAGGAGGAGCUAGUCAUGAUUUGGGGGCUGUUCACAGCUGAUUCACAAUGUUUGAUGCCGUUAGAUUUCCAGCAAUCGAGGGUUGAUGGCCAGUGUGAAACUCGAUUCGUGGGAGGUGCUGUUGAGUUGGAUUUUGAGGCGGAUUUAGCACCGUUCUAUCUGUCGUUUCUACUGAAGUCCGACUCUGGUUCUGAUUCAAAAGUUUCGAUGAUCAGAAGCCACAGGAACACAAAAUUCACUGUGCCGGUUGGUUUUGGUGCUGGAAAUCCUUCUCCGUUAGGGGUUUCCUUUUUAAGCGAUGGAUCAGUGAACUUUGCUUUCUUCUCGUGCAAUGUGGAAAGUGUUGUUCUGUGUCUGUAUUCAAACGCAACAGCUGAGAAACCUGCUUUGGAGAUUGAUCUUGAUCCGUAUAUCAACCGCUCUGGUAAUAUUUGGCAUGCUUUGCUAUAUAGUUCUGCGCCCUUUGUGAGUUAUGGUUAUCGCUGCAGAAAUGGUGUUGGUAACAAAGAGCAUCAUGUGUUGUUGGAUCCGUAUGCGAAGGUUAUUGAAGGGCUUGGUUUGAAUCAGCCUCGAAAAUGGCUUGGGAAAUUGUGUGAGGAGCCUGCAUUUGAUUGGAGUGAUGAAGUCCGCCCCAAUGUACCGAUGGAGAAGAUGAUUGUGUAUAGACUGAAUGUUGCACGUUUUACCAAAGACAAGUCCAGUAAGUUAUCUGGUGGCAUUGCUGGAAGUUUCUCUGCUAUUUCUGAGAAAUCGCAACAUUUUGAGGAUCUUGGUGUCAAUGCCAUCUUGUUAGAACCAGUUUUCCCCUUUGAUGAGCAAAAUGGUCCUUAUUUUCCCUGUCAUUUCUUUUCUCCGGCAAGCUUGUACGGACCCUCUGGAGACCCGUUGAAUGUUGCUAAAUCGAUGAAGGAGAUGGUCAAGAAGCUGCACUCCAGAGGAAUUGAGGUUUUGCUUGAAGUUGUCUUCACACAUUCUGGUGAUGAUGUUGGAACCCUUCAAGAGAUUGACAGUUCUACAAACGCGUUAAAUUGCAACCACCCAACUUUUCAGCAAUUAGUCUUAGAGAGUCUACGUUAUUGGGUGACUGAGUUUCAUGUUGAUGGCUUCUGUUUUAUAAAUGCAUUUUCUCUGACUAGAGGUUCGCAGGGCGAGUUUCUCUCGCGCCCUCCCUUGGUUGAAGCGAUUGCUUUCGACCCUGUACUUGCAGGAGUCAAGAUAGUUGCAGACUCAUGGGUUCCACAUGGUAUGGCGACGAAGGAGGUGGGGUUCCCUCACUGGCAGAGAUGGGCAGAGAUGAAUUCAAAGUUUAGCAUCGACGUGAAGAACUUCUUGAGGGGCCGUGGCCUCAUCAGCGAAUUUGCUACACGUCUCUGUGGUAGCGGGGAUCUGUUCUUGGCAGGACGAGGACCUGCAUUCUCUUUCAAUUAUGUCACGAGAAACGCAGGGCUCACUCUACUGGACUUGGUUAGCUUCAGUUCAAGUACUGAACUGGAAUCGGAGUUGAGCUGGAACUGCGGGGAAGAAGGAGCCACGAACAAGAAGGUUGUGCUUGAGACGCGGCUUAAGCAAAUACGCAAUCUCCUCUUCACACUGUUCAUCUCCCUGGGUGUCCCCGUGCUCAACAUGGGAGACGAGUGUGGCCAAUCCACCGGAGGCAGCCCUUCUGCUGCUGACCGGAAACCUCUGGACUGGAACGCGUUGGGGUUAAGCUUUGGCGCUCAGAUCAGUCAGUUCAUUUCGUUUCUGAGCUCGCUGAAGAUGAGGCGAGGCGAUCUUCUACAGAGGAGGAGCUUUCUUGAGGAAGACAGCAUCGAAUGGCACGGAAAGCAGCAGUUGCCACCGAGAUGGGAUGAUCCAGCCUGCAAAUUUUUAGCCAUGACUAUGAAAGCUGAUGCAGGAUCAAGCUACGGUGACUUGUUUGUCUCCUUCAACGCUGCUGGUCAGUCGGAGAAAGUAGGUCUGCCACGCCCUGCAGAUGACGAGACGACUUGGGUGCUUCUGGUGGAUACGGCGCUUCCCUUCCCGGAGUUUUUCAGCGAUGAAGGUGUUCGGCUCGAAGAAGAUGAGACGCUGACAUAUGAGAUGAAGUCUCACAGUUGCAUAUUGUUUGAAGCUCGGAGGCUGAGCUUGUCUUGACUCUGCUCUAUUUAUGCUGCACAUAUAUAGGUAUUACAUGAGAGUCUUUGUAUACAUAAAUGUUAAAACCAUGUCUUGUAACAUAAGGUUUGAUCUAUUUGAACCAUUCCCUUGAAAUUUUGAGCUUUAAA